AUGACUAAUGUAUUAAAACCCUGUCGUCAAUUUGCUCUCGUUUAUCUCGAUGACACCAUUGUCUUUUCCGAAACAUAUGAUGAUCAUAUUUCACAUUUAACCCAAGUAUUCAUAGCCUUAAGCAACCGAAAUUUUGUUUUAAAUCCACCUAAAUGUGUUCUAUUAGUAUCAAAAAUAAAUUACCUAGGUCACACGAUUAGCGAGAAGGUAGUUACACCUAUGAAAGAAAAGAGAAAGGUUAGCGGCAACUAUGUAAUAUCUGUUGACGCUAACAGUGGUCGUGGUAAUCAAGCAUAUGUAUUAGCUUCAUCUUCAAGUUACGAAAACUGGGUUCGUAAUAAUUAUGAAUUACAAGUUUGGCAAGUUUACCUUAAAAUGGGUACUGAACAAAAACAUCGGGCUAAAGAAGUUAUUCGACGUACAAAACGACGUGAUGAUUUAAUUAAUACUCGAUUUGUACAGAAGAAAAUUAAUCGUUGA